AUGCAGGGGAACGUGCGGAUUUUGUUGUCGCCCAAAUGCAGUGGUACUUUUUUCGUGCUGUGGAUUUGUAUUUGUUUGAAAGCGGCGGCGGUGCAGGGCUCCCAGCCCCAGCAGCAGCAGCCGGGCAUCCCUCAAUCAGUUGUAAAGCUCUGGGCAUCUGCCUUUGGGGGAGAAAUCAAAUCCAUCUCAGCCAAAUACUCGGGAUCCCAGCUGCUGCAGAAGGAGCUGCUGUCCAUUACCUCACCUCGGAACUCCUCUGAACCCAGCCCCCCCAUGAAAGGGGUGACCCGGAUAGGCACCCGGACCUACUGCCCUGGAGGGUGGGAGGACGCAGCACCCAGGGGCCCACGCAAACACGGCGAGGGUGUUCAAGUUGGCUUUAGGAAAAGAAUUCUAAACUCUAAUCCUACAUGUCCAGAGAAACCCAAAGAGUUAGUAAAGGCGGUGAAGGUUGAGGAAAUAGAUGGGGUGAAGCUGGUGAAGAACUUGGCUGUGAGGAUGGAGGAGAUGUUCAGGAAGAAGGCUGAAGCCACAAGGCGGCUCGUGGAAGCUGCGGAGGAAGCGCAUCAUCAGCACGAAGAGAACCCGGACCUGCAGUAUGAGUACUUCAACGCUGUGCUGAUCAAUGAAGUGGAUGAUGAGGGCAAUAAUGUGGAGCUGGGAGGAGAGUUCAUACUGGAACCCAAUGACCAUUUCAAUAAUCUUUCUGUCAACCUCAGCCUGAGCGUGGUGCAAGUGCCCACCAACAUGUACAACAAAGAUCCAGACAUUGUGAACGGCGUGUACUGGUCAGAGGCACUGAAUAAAGUGUUUGUGGAGAAUUUUGAGAGGGAUCCAACUCUGAUCUGGCAAUACUUUGGGAGUGCCAAAGGUUUCUUCAGGCAGUACCCCGGUGUAAAAUGGCAUCCGGAUGAACAUGGGGUCAUAGGCUUUGAUUGCAGAAACAGGAAGUGGUACAUACAGGCUGCGACUUCACCCAAAGACGUUGUGAUUCUGGUGGAUGUGAGCGGCAGCAUGAAGGGCCUGAGGCUGACCAUUGCCAGACAAACCGUUUCCUCCAUUUUGGACACACUCGGAGAUGAUGACUUUUUCAAUAUAAUUGCAUAUAACCAGGAAAUCCACUAUGUUGAACCCUGUUUGAAUGGCACUCUGGUCCGAGCUGACAGGGCCAAUAAAGAUCAUUUCCGGGAGCAUCUGGACAAGCUGUUUGCCAAAGGAAUCGGGCUGCUGGGUGAAGCUCUCGCUGAGGCAUUUACAAUCCUUGGUGAUUUUAAUUCGACCGGCCGAGGCAGUGUCUGUAGUCAGGCCAUAAUGCUGGUCACCGAUGGAGCGACCGAAAUGUACGAUGAUGUUUUUGAGAAGUACAACUGGCCAGAGCGAAGGGUACGAAUAUUCCCUUACCUGAUUGGACGAGAGUCUGCUUUUGCUGAUAACCUCAAAUGGAUGGCCUGUGCCAACAAAGGAUACUUCAGUCAGAUUUCCACUUUAGCUGAUGUUCAGGAGAAUGUGAUGCGGUAUCUCCAUGUGAUGAGUCGCCCAAAAGUGAUUGACCACGAGCACGACACGGUGUGGACUGAGGCCUAUGUGGACAGUGCUAUGAAAGACAAGUCAGGUCCCAGUCUGAUGACCACAGUGGCCAUGCCUGUUUUUAGCACCAAGAACGAGACUAAGAAUCAGGGAAUUCUGUUGGGGGUCGUCGGAACAGACAUCCCUCUGCAGGAGCUGAUGAAGCUCAUCCCAAAGCAUAUGCUGGGGAUCCAUGGAUAUGCAUUUGCCAUUACAAACAAUGGCUAUAUCCUCAUGCACCCAGACCUCAGACCUCUGUAUCAGGAAGGUCAAAAGAGGAGAAAACCCAACUACAGCAGCGUGGAUCUGUCUGAGGUCGAGUGGGAGGACAAAGAUGAUAUAUUGCGUAAUGCCAUGGUGAACAGGAGAACAGGCACUUUCUCUAUGGAUGUCAUGAAGACUGUGGACAAAGGGAGGCGUCUGUUGAGGAUGCACAAUGACUAUUUCUACACAGACAUAAAAGGCACUCCAUUCAGUCUCGGAGUCGCACUAUCCAGAGGUCAUGGCAAAUACUUCUUCAGAGGAAAUGUGUCAGUGGACGCAGGACUCCGUGAUCUGGAACAGCCAGAUGUCGCCCUGGCAGACGAAUGGACGUACUGCAACACAGAGGAGGAUCACGAGCAUCGCCACCUCACACAGAUCCAGGCCAUCAAACUAUUCAUGACGGGAAAGAGACCGCACCUAAAAUGUGACAGAGAACUCAUUCAGGAGGUGUUAUUUGAUGCUGUGGUGACUGCUCCCCUGCGCUCGUACUGGACUGGGCUCGCUCUCAACAAGUCAGAAAACUCUGAUAAAGGGGUAGAGAUUGCGUUCCUCGGCACCCGCACAGGACUGUCCCGCACCAACCUGUUUGUGCCUGUGGAUCAAUUAUCCAAUCAAGACUUCCUGACACACGAAGACAAAGAGGGAGUGUUCAAUGCCGACCACUUCCCCCUGUGGUACAAGAGAGCCGCGGAGCAGGUCCCAGGAACUUUUGUCUACUCCAUUCCCUUCAGCACUGCUUUUGAAAAUAAGAGCGUGGUUUUGGCCAGUACUGCGAUUCAGUUGACAGAUGAUAGAAAGUCUCCCAUUGUUGCUGCUGCUGGAAUCCAGAUGAAGCUUGAGUUUUUUCAAAGGAAAUUUUGGACUGCCUGUCGACAAUGUUCAGCUCUCGAUGGAAAAUGCAGUCUGAGCUGUGAUAACGAUGACAUUAACUGUUAUCUCAUCGACAACAAUGGCUUUAUUCUAGUGGCAGAGGACACUACCCAGACUGGACUCUUUUUUGGAGAAGUGGAGGGUGCAGUCAUGAGCAAACUUUUAAUGAUGGGCACUUUCAAAAGAAUCACAUUGUAUGAUUAUCAGGCCGUGUGCCGAGAGUACGCUGGCAGCAGUGACAGCGCCCACACUUUGUCAAAUCCUUUCACUGUUGUGAAGUGGCUAUUUGCGGAACUUGUGAUUUUUCUAUUGGAGUUUAACUUAUACAGCUGGUGGAACAUAGAUGCUUCGGUGAAAGCUCAGAGAUCUCGUGGUAAAACUAUCAUGGUGCCUUGUGACACCGAGUAUCCCGCCUUUGUUUCUGAGCGCAUCAUCAGAGAGACAUCAGGCAGCGUGAACUGUGAAGGCUGUAUCAGGUCCUUUGUCAUUCAGCAGAUCCCCAGCAGCAACCUCUUCAUGAUCGUUGUGGACAAUAAGUGUGACUGCAGCAGUGCGCCUGCCGUUACCAUGGACCCCAUUGAAAUCAUGUAUAUCGAGUCCCUGAAGUGUGACCGACUCAAGUAUCAGAAGGACAGAAAAAAGCCUGAAUCUUGUCACCCCUUCCACCCAGAGGAAAAUGCCAUAGAGUGUGGUUCGGCCACACGUCUCUCCUUCCUCUUUACAUCAGCUCUGCUUCCCCUGAUUGCAGUUGUCGUCUCCAGGUGACCUCAAAGACAAACAGACUCAAAACGCAUUAGUACCAGAGUAAAUCUACAGCUACAAAGAUGAUCAUUGGCCAGUGACGAUCGCUCAUACCUUUGUACCAGGCUGCGCUGCGCACCCUAGAUCUGAGAAUUACUCCAUCAAUGCAGAGUUACAUAACGUGGUGUCUUGCUUUCAAUGCACUUCAUGCCUCUGACUGAUUACCAUGUUUUUAUAAAUAUUUAUUGAAUGAAAAUAGUAAAAGAUAUGCGGACUAUAUGGAUGUGUUCAAAUUUGGUUUGAAAAGUUGUUUUCAAUGAGUUUGUUAUGAGAAAGAAUCAAAGCAACUGUUAUGUUCUGCAGAAUGUUAUGCACCUUUGCCAUAGAUAUAAAUAUAGAUUAUAUUUUGGCAGUAGUUUGCUGAUAGCAAACAGCAGCUCUGUAAAGAUUACAAUGUUAUUUAUUUGACCAUAUAUAUUGUAAAUAACACCUGGAGAAUUAUCAUCAUUUAUUAUAAUGUAAUGAAUAUUAUUUUAACCCUAAACACUGUGCAGAGAGGAAUACACUUGUUUAGAGAUGGAUAAGCAGGCCUACUUUUGUAAACUUCCCUCACGCAGCAGCUGUUAUGUCAAAGCUAUUUAAUGUUUUAAAAGGACAAUAAGUGGCCUGGUGAAUGGUAUAUGUGUAACUACAAAAAAUACUUGAAUACAUACCAUUUGAAAAACAUGAUUUAAAGUUUGCAACAAAAAAAAAAUCCAAGCCACGUAAAUAAGCCAUGCUACAAUACAUUUGUGUCCCCAU